AUGCCCGGCGCUACCUCGAGCGCCAAUGUCGAGGAUGAAACGGAUAUUGACGUUCCGCCGGAGCUCGCUGGAAACUACCAUGGUCCGGUUUGUGUCAGACCUGACCACGACGACCACAGGAUCAACGUUAGCCUGGACCACCGCGAUUCCCUGGAGGGCGCCUCGAACUACGCCAUUGCUAUACGAUCUGCUGAAACGUGCGGUAGCUCGGGUCAAAAUUACGAUUUAGACAUCGUCCAUCAACGUCACAGCGCGAGAAUUGAUAUUCAACCAGAUCUGCUUGAGCUGCCUGAAGCGCUGUAUAGUAAAGCAGUCGAUGUGCACGCGAGAAGAUGGUUGAAUGACUUUUGUGCUGGAGAUCGGGAGGGCCCCGAGUGA